GGCAGCGGAAAAACGCGCAACCUACGGAGAUUACACAACAAUCGCAAGUGUUCCCCAAAAACGGACUAUUUCCAGCAAAAUGCGGGUCGGAAUGGCUAACACUGCAAUAAACGUGGGAUUUAUUUCUCCCCGUGCGUCAAGCCAUCUCUCCGGUGGAGUUUCCAGAUGAACCCCAGAGCCCAGCGGUGAUGUUGGCCAUGCAGCACCCCAACUCCUCGGGCUCCCCUGCCACCUCCACAACCUCCUUUCUGGCCAACUUCACCGUACUCCAGGAACCGGAGGUGGAGGCUGUGGUGAGGAAUGGGACUCUUCCACAGAGUAGUCCCUUUGUGGCAGGUCUUAGCAUGACUCUGGGCAUCCUUUUCAACGUUGUGGCCCUGAUCAUCCUGGCUAAAGCCUACAACCGAUUUCGUCGACGCUCCAAGGCCACCUUCUUACUAUUUGCUAGUUCUUUGGUUGCUACAGAUCUGGCGGGACAUGUUAUCAAUGGAGCGCUAGUGAUGAGGAAAUACUCUGAUGGUACUACCACAGAUUCAACAAAUGACACGGAUGCUUCUUGCUUGUUUCUGGGAGGUUGCAUGGUAUUUUUCGGACUAUGCCCACUUUUUAUGGGUUGUGCUAUGGCUGCUGAGCGGUGUUUGGGUGUGACCAAGCCGUUGUUACAUGCACAGUUAGUGACAACAGCGCGGACAAAAAUAGCAUUGUCACUGAUCUGGUUGGUAGCGUUAUGUGUGGCCCUCCUGCCCGUCUUCAACCUAGGGACCUACACCUACCAGUAUCCCGGGACAUGGUGCUUCAUAAGGGUCUCGGAGGGCACAGAAGGGCAGGACCUUGCCUUUGUGAUUCUGUUUUCUGGACUGGCCUUGAGCUCCUUAGCCUCAGCUUUUGUUUGUAAUACAAUCAGUGGAAUUACCUUGGUGAGAGCAAGGUUAAAAAAGACCACCACCUGCUCCAAAAGUCGCUCCACGAGGUCCAAUGACACAGAGAUGGUGGUGCAGCUUGUGGGCAUCAUGGUCACAUCCUGUAUCUGCUGGAGCCCUCUGCUGGUCUUUGGACUUAUGUCUGCUCUGCGCUCCUACAGUGGAUCUCUGGACAGUGACAGGGCCACAUACAGGAGACUGAUGAUCACAGGGGUCCGGAUGGCAGCCUGUAACCAGAUCCUAGACCCCUGGGUGUACAUUCUGCUCCGACGGGCCAUACUCCGCAGAAUUUACCGCAUCACCAAACGCCAGGCCAGUCUGAAGGGAAGCAUCUUUCGUUCAGCCCGGUGGGAAGCCAGCUCAUUCCACAUAACAGAGAAAAAUGCCAGUAACAAAAUAUAAUGGACUAAAAGCAAGGUUGUUUUUAUAAAUGUAGCACUUUAGAGAAGCACUGAAAAGUAGCAGCAUGACGCUUGCAAACAUUGCAAAGAAAAGUUAAACUGAAUUAUUGUUAAAUGUUUUGUCUUAAAGGCAAUUUGAUUUAUUAAGCUAUUGUAGCAUUCCAGCCAUUUAAGGCCCUCUAAUGGUAGCAUUUGGUCAUUACUAAUUUAAUGAAGUAAGCUAAAACUUUUCUAAUGCAGGUAAUUUAUUUAAUCAAAUUACUUCAAGUUAUAAGAUCUUAUACAGUUGUAAUCAAAGAAUCAAUCAACAAGUGGGGAGAGUUCAUAAAGUAAACGUAUGAUGUAAAAUAAGUGACAUUGUUCUGAGGAAUACCGAUGAUCAUUAUACAACUGGUAGUAAUUUUCAACUACAGGUAUUUACUGUAGUAAGAUGGGCUAUUUAUUUGCCUUAUCAUGUGAUUAUGGUUUAUUUGUUGCACAAAAUACAAAAGAUUUUAAAAUACAUUCAAAGCAAAUAUUUGAGCCUUAAAUGGUAAAAAAAAAAAAGGCUAUUAAUUACUGUUAAUUAUCUUUUAAUUUUGAAUUACAUGGUUGAAAUGAAAUAGAAAACAUCUCAAAGUAAAGCAUUUUAUUUUACCUCAGCUGUGAUUUGAUCAGCUUAGAUGUGAAGUGUACAUAGUGUGGAUUGUGUGCAUGUUGUUAUGAAGUGUGUGAGUGUAGUAUUUCCCAAGUGUCUGGGAAUUAAGUGAAGUCAGUGAAGCUAACUGAAUGUAAAGCUCAUUAAAAAUAAACAGAUCAUUUGUAAAA